AUGGCUCUCGAGAUACAGCGUGCUUUACGUCGGAGUUCAUUGGCUCAGUUUUCAUGGCCUGGACAGAGAUUUGAUGACCAUGGGGUCGUUUUGCAGUUAUUCGAGGUUUCGAUUUCUGAUGAUCAAAGUCAGGCUGUGGCCAUUAAAUCAGAGUUAAGAUCAACAGCCGUCAUAAACAAGUACUUAUUGUAUAGUCUUACUGUCAGAGUUAUUCUUAAAAGUUUAGCUUUCCUCAGCUCUUCCAACUCACGAGAAACGGGCAGCUUGAUGUGUAUAUUAUUUACAGAUAUGUCGCUGUCAGUUGGAUUGAAUAUGCUCCUUCUCGUUAACAUUCAAUUAGAAAGUAUUCUACAAGUAUUAGGCGCUCAUAUACAAGUUUUGUACCUGGAUAGAUUCAUGCACAGACUUCUAGAACACUGGCUUCAAUACGUUUGCUUUGUGCCAUAUACAAAUAGUUACCAAAAAAGUCAAAACGAGGAUCUUUCAAAACGAGGAUCGAGAGAGGCUAAAACAAUUUUGAUUGGCUACCCGUAUUUCCUUGGUCUUUGGCGAGUGCUUGAGAAGGCCCUAAAUUCGAGAGACUUGCAGCUUUGGCCCAAAAUUCGGAACUUUGGAAGUCCACCACCGGCUUACUAA